AUUCUCAAGUAACAUUGGUUGACUUAGAGUUCAGACAAGGACUAAGAUGUCAGAUGUCUUUAAUCUGUGAAUCAAAGUUUGCAGCCAUGCGUGUCUCAAGGGUAGUUCAUGGGCAGAGUUGUUCUCCCUCCCUUCUCUGGAGAGCCAGCUAGCCCCCCUCGACCUGGGCAGAACUUGAAAGCAGAGCACAUGAAGUGAAAUAAGGCUGACGCAGUAAGAAGAGUUCACUGCAUCAGGAUGUGGUGCUGGAGACUGGCGGGUCUGUUCAGCGUGCCGUGCCAGCUGAGUAGAAGCACUAGCCAUCACUCCGCGUGGCUGCCUGGUUCCGGAAAGAUCUUCUCUGCUGCUGCAGCUCGCUGGCAUCACACGGCUCCAGAGUCUCUGAAUUGUGCCUGGCAGUUACAUGGUGAUCACCUAGAGGUCAGGUAUGCGAACACACUGAUGCGCUUUGAUUUUGUUUGGCUGCGAGACCACUGCCGUUCGGCUUCCUGCUACAAUGCCAAGACUAACCAGCGCAGCUUGGAUACAGCUAGUGUGGACCUGGGCAUCAAACCCAAGGCUGUCCGAGUAGACGAGACCACACUCUUCCUCACAUGGCCAGAUGGACAUGUGACACGGUACGGACUGGAGUGGCUGGUGAAGAACAGCUAUGAGGGGCAGAAGCAGCAGGUCAUGCACCCACGGAUUCUCUGGAAUGCAGAAAUCUACCGCCAAGCCCAGAUCCCAUCCGUCGACUGUCAGAGUUUCCUGGAGACGGAUGAGGGGCUGAAGGAGUUCCUGCAGAACUUCCUAUUAUAUGGGAUUGCUUUUGUAGAAAAUGUCACUCCUACCAAAGCGGACACAGAAAUCUUAGCAGAGAGAAUCAGCUUGAUCAGGGAGACCAUUUACGGUAGAAUGUGGUAUUUUACCUCUGACUUCUCUCGGGGAGACACUGCCUACACUAAGUUGGCUCUGGAUCGUCACACUGACACUACCUACUUCCAGGAGCCCUGCGGCAUCCAAGUGUUUCAUUGCCUCAAACAUGAAGGGACAGGUGGGCGGACGCUGCUGGUGGAUGGUUUCUACGCAGCGGAGCAAGUUCUCCAGCAAGCCCCCGAUCAAUUUGAGCUGCUCAGCAAGGUGCCAUUGAAGCAUGAGUACGUUGAGAACGUGGGAGGCUGUCACAACCACAUGAUUGGAGUCGGGCCAGUCCUCAAUGUCUAUCCGUGGAACAACGAGCUUUAUCUGAUCAGAUACAAUAACUAUGACCGUGCAGUCAUCAACACAGUGCCUUAUGAUGUUGUACGUCGCUGGUAUGCUGCUCAUCGCACACUCACCGCAGAACUCAGAAGGCCGGAAAAUGAGCUGUGGGUCAAGCUAAAGCCAGGCAAGGCUCUGUUCGUAGAUAAUUGGCGUGUGCUGCAUGGACGAGAAGCUUUCACAGGAUAUCGCCAGCUCUGUGGCUGCUACCUGACAAGAGAUGAUGUGCUGAACACCGCACGCUUACUGGGACUACAAGCUUAGCCCAAACUACCUGCUGCAGAGAGGCAGUAAAACUGCUAGUGCCGUUGUGCUGGUGCAUUACCACAGCACAAAUGUUGUACAUACCUCAAACACCUUCACCCUCUCCAAGCAGUUCUCUGUGCCUAGUCAGGAGAGGGAGCAGGUGGAAGCCAAAGGUUAUGGGAAGUUUAUGUGACUGUAUUCUGCCUUUGACCAAGCAUGAACUGCUUUUGCUGUCCAUACGCCAUGCCUGGUCUUUCCACCUGGUUCCAUCUGACUCAUCUCUGCUAAAUCAGAGUUAAUCACACUGGGGACAUCUUCCCAGCACCUGCUGAUGUAAAGUGCUCCUCUAAUCAAGUGCCUUCAGAGUUUUAAAUCUUUGGAUUUUUCCCUGCUGUUCAGUCUUUCUGUUAACUGGCAUUUCCCAGUUGAGCAUAGUAAAACAGAACGGACAUUUUGGCGGUCUUGCCUUACCCUAGGUUGGACUUUAUCCCUUCUAGACAAAAAUCCCCUUCUAGCACAAUUUGAAAAGAUGAAAAUGCAGCUAUUCUAACUGAGGAGUAUUGGUGUAUUUCAAUAACUUCUUUCCUCUUAAACAUACCGCAUACCCCUAUAACAUUCAUACAAGCUCUGGUACUUGAGGGUAAAAAGCUGGUAUGGUUGGGAUAUCUCUGAAAAUAUUUAGGCUGGAAGGAAAAGGGGAAGUGGUGAAAUCUUAAUGGCAGGAAGGAGAGAUGGCUGCGUUAAAUGAGGACUGUAUUUCCUUGACUUCAAGUAUUACCAUGUUUAUGUCCUGUAUCCUUCUGCCUGUUACACUAUACUCACAUCAAAGGUGAAGGCUCAGCUGCUGCAGUGUUUGCCUACAGGUUUCCCAAUGUGCCUCCUCUUACCUUUUCUGAAAAAAGAAUUUGUUUUAAAGUAUUUGUACACUGACUGCUGAACGAGGUGAAUUUUUACCAGAUUUUCUUAUGCAGAAGUUGUGAACACAAAGGUGCCUUUCGACUCUAGGAAGCAGAAAAGAUAACUUGGAUUGUCUGUCACGUUAAAGGGCCACAGAGCAAGGGACAAAAGGAAAUCCUUUAUCAUUGCUAGAAACGUUUGAAUUUUAAAACUAAGAGGAGAUUUUAGGUCUUGAUUAUUUUCACUCUUUUAAUCUUUGUGGGUGUUCACUCUGCUGUGACUGGGCCGUAAAACUGGGCUGGUCCUUAUCACUCUUGGCUUUGCUGUUCAAGCAAGAGCCUGUGUCUAAGGUGUAAGUGCAGUAUGGAUGCAAAUGUGCUAACCUUGCUGCCUUUGUUUAAUCUAAAUAUUGAAUGUAUAGAUCCUAGUGAUAGGAGACAUUCUUAAAAACUUCUGUUCAUGUGGACUAAGCUCCCUAACAGUCUUCUGCAGUAUUUCUUGUCUGCAGUGAGACCACAGCAAUCAUCUGGAGUUGCAAGGAGUUUUUGAGGCAAGGCUUGAUGUGAAGCUGUUUGUCAGUGGAUACGUAAGGAAGUGAAACACUGGCAAUGAGAGCAGGUAAUGUAAGCGGGAUGGAGCUGACUUCUUCUCAGGUGUGUUUCCCAAGGCUCAUGAACAAGGAGCAGCUGCAGUACUGGCAGCCUCAGACAUGGGCAGGAACUUGAGUUUCUCUCUAGGCUGAGUCAAUGGAUUCUUUCAGUAGUCUGCAGAAUAUAGUAUUUCUGUUACAUUCUUUAUCAAAGAAAACAUUUGGUUAUAGAUUCUCUUCAUAUGCCAGUUGUGCCAACCUGACAUGUAUGUGAAAAGUUUUAUGGCUCUCUCUCAAUCAUGUUAAAGUAGCAAAACUCUGCAGUUCCUCAUGCAGUUCCUCAUGCAGCUCAGCUCAGACACACUUGAGUUGCUUCACCCUGUGCUCUUUUGCCCCACUGUCUUGAGCUCACAAUAAGGCCUCAAGAACAGGGAAAGGAGGAUGACAAAAAACAACCUCUGUGAUAAUUGAUCAGGACCCUGAUCAGCCUCUUAAAAAGCCAAGGAGUGGAGCCAUAAAACUUUCAAAAGAUCUGAGCAUAUCAAGGGUUCCUGUGUUUUCACCUCCUCAUGCCCCCAGGAUACUAGGGAACAAGAGAAAGCACUUGGCUAAUGUUGCCGAUACCAGCUUUGCUGCCUUCUGCUCAAGGGAUCUCCACUCCUAUCAGCCACAAGCCAGAAUUCUGUCACUACACGGAGAUGGAGUGUGCAGGACUAUGGCUAGCACGAGGGAGAUCCAACCAUCGGCAAGAGACUGAAGUGACAUAGGUGCCUUUCUGACAAACUGCAUGUCUUUUCUAGCACUAUAUACCAAUGAGCAAAGUAGGUGUGCAGCUGCCAGGGACUGUGAUCUUAAGACUCCGCAAAUCCUCUUCUGAGCCAACUCCAAGUCAAUAUAUUCCUCAAAGUUAUUGCAUUUUGGGGAAGUUCUUCACCAUGAAUGUAUAAGAAGCAUAUUUCCUCAUAGAUACUAUUCAGUUUACCUUAACCACCCCAACAGUAAUACGUAGAGUGGAGAGGGCUUUGUUUAAUCCUGUGCUCCACCUUUCCCCACUUCUCGGGUGGACUGAAUACUAAAUAACUUGUGAGUGUCAAAAACUUAUCUGUAGAAACAAGACUCUUGGCAGUUGCCAUCUGUCUGAUACAGGAAUCACUGUGCCAUAUUAUGGAGCACGUUUUGUUUGCUGCAAUGAUCUCAAAUCCAUUUUUGUAAUCAAGCUUUUGUCAGUUCUUUCAGCCAAUAAAUGAACUGCUUCCUUCUCCCUA